AUGCAAAGGAAGUUGAAGCUUAAUGAGUCGGAGUAUCUGGAGAGUGAUUUAUAAAGUGAUAGAAACGAGAGCUGCACAUCAAAGUACAAAAAUCUAAGAUCAGCUGUAGGUGAUCUCUACUUAAGCAUCAAACAGAAAACUAGAGAUGAGAAUGAAACUAUCACAGAGCAAGAGGAGAGGGAGGAAAGAGAUAUCAUUAUGUCUCUUGACCCAUAUAUUGUGAUUGAGUACAUCAAAUCCUCAGUUGAUAUAAUUUUGAAUCUCAAAUUCGAGGAAAUCGAGAAGAGACUUCUAGACAAGACUAACAAUCAAAAUGAGAUUAACAAUUUUAAAGAUAAUAGAUCAUCAAUAAUUUCUGAGUAAAUUAACAGAGAGAGUGAAUAAAAUAGGAAAAAACUGCUGGAUCAUCAUAAAAAUAGCAAAAAUAACUAGAAAAGCAAUAAUCACAUUAACAAGACUGAGCUAAACUUAGAUUCUCUGAGAAGUGAUAAUGAUUUCAAUAAUAACAACAAUCCUUAUAGUUAGAGAUCUUCCAUGUCUAAUAUGGAAGGUCCUCCGAAGGUAUAUGAAGAAUUAAUUUAAAAUCUUGAAGCUGAUAUAAGAAAGCACAUCAGAAUCGAGCAAUAGUUGAAGCUACAUAUUGAAAGUGUGGAGAACCGAGUGGAAGAAUUAGAAAAUAUACAGGACAAACUUGAGCAUGAAAAUAUUAAGCUAGGCCAGAACAAUGCUUAGAAUCAAAGCUUAGAGUAGAAAAUUUAAAAGCUUGACUCUAUUAUUCAUUAGAAAGAUGAAGCUUUCAAUGAGUGUCAAGCAUAAAUCAAUUAACUUAGAGAGAAAGAAGUUCAAUUACUUGGGCAAAUUGAGAAAUUGAAACAAGAAAUUCUGGAAAUGUAACCGAAAUUAGUUAAUGCUGAUCAGCAAUAGUUAUAGCUCAUUCUUAACUCAACUUAGCCACUUCAUGGAGGUAAACCUAUGAGUUUUGGCAUUAAGGAAAAGUCUAUUACUCAUAAGCAUUAAGAUCUUGGAUCAUAAUCUUCUAAUCACUCUUUUAUUGACCACGGUACUCCUGAAAAGAAGAUGCAUGAUUUACUCAGUCAUCCCUAUCAUUAGACAUAACAGAUAUUCAAUAAGAAGCAAGGAGCUAAAAAGCAGUAAAGUGGAUCUUUAAGCAGCAAACAGAAGUUCAUUGUUCCAUAAACAUUAGUUGAAUCUUUAGGCAUAGCUUAAUAGUUAGGGGCAAUCACGAAUACAUAUAACAGCACUUAGAAUUCAGGCAAGAUGGGACAGAGAAAGCUUUCAUCAUAAGGAAGAAACUCUAAGUCAUCUAAGAUUAAUCCAACUAAAAACUAGUGGAUCGGAUAAAAUGUCCCUGAGAAUAGAAAUAGCAAGUCAAAGUCUAUUAGAAAAAGUAAAGAUAGAAAUAUCUUGGAUUAAAAAGGUAGUAUUGAGGAUGUUAUUCAAUUAAAUGAUAGCCUUUAGAAGAUAAAUGUUGAGAUAGACAGUAAGUACAGGUAGUCUCAGAUUUCAGACGAUUUGCUGCAUUUUGAUCAUAGAAUGUAAAGCAUGAAUCCUAAUUACUCACAACUGGUCAAGCCUACUUAAAACACUUUCAUAGACAAUUAAAACUUACUCUAUGAUUUUCAUGACCCUCACAAUAACAACAAUAAAAGGCGGAUUGUUAAAUAGAAUCCAGUAAAUGCAAGCACAGGUUCAGGCAACAUUCAAUCGUCUUUAAGAAAUAUCAAUUCGCAAGGUCUUAAUAGAUUUGGACAGCAGCAAUACUAAGAUGAUAAAAACAAAUUAAGCCAAAAUCUUGGGCCUAUACUCAAUCAGUAGCAGACAAUGAAUAUGCAAUUUCAAAAUGCAUUGCAAAACAGAUCUUCAAACAUAAUGAAUAACACUGGCUCUCAUUCGUAAGAAAAGCAUAGAUCGAGAAACAAGAAAUAGCAGAUGCAGUAAAACACCACGGCUACUGCUACAGUUAUGAAUAAAUUUGACCAAAGUCUGCUUGAUAUGCACUUUAAGACAUCGACAAGUGUCUCUACGACUUAAUAGUCUAAGAACAAAUAGUAUCAGCAGAACUCUACAUUUUCCCAGAAUUCCAAACUGAACUCAGUUACCAACAACACUAACAUACCACUUAAUAACUAUAAUGUGAUGAAUCAGACAAGUGUGGCUUAUAUGAAAUAGUAACUCCUUGCUAAUAAAAAGGCAUCUAACCUACUUAUGAAAGGUUUAUCCCCACAUAAAAAAUGA